UUUUUCCAUUCUUGGGUAGGCUCCGACAGAGGCUGCUGCAAAGAAAUCUCAAGCAAGCAAGAAAGGAAAUCUGCAACAAAAAGUAGACAUGGAAACUUUAUUUAAGUUUUGUGUUGUAGUGACUUUAGCUGUGCUUGUACAGGGAUAUCCACAGAUUCAGAAAAAACCCCAGCGCUUAGGAGGCUGGCAAGACAUAAAGGACGAUGACAAGUAUCUUCAGAAGGCACUAGAGUUUGCGACAACUCAGUUCAACGCAGAAAGUAACAGUAACGAGUACAUCACAAGAGUCGACAGGGUGAUCUGGGCCAAAAGACAGGUGGUGGCUGGCAUGAAGUAUCGAAUACGUGUUGAAGUUUUUUUCAGCACCUGCGGUCAGUCAGACUAUACUCCAGAAAGCUGCCAAGAUACCGCGCCCCAGAAAAAAGUAUGCACCUUUGAAGUCCUCACAGUUCCUUGGAUGGACACUACUGAGCUGAAACGCAAAACCUGCAUGUGAAGUCAUUGAAGAUUUGCAUUAAUGUUUACUCAUUUCCUAAGAAUCAAAAUGUUCCACUUAAUAAAAUACUAUUGUUUUUUUAACCAACAUUUUAUUGGAUUUUAAAGUGACAGAAAAGUAACUUUAACCAAAGCGUUAACAAUUAAAGUUUCUAUGUACUGGCGAAAAAUGAAAUCUUUGCAACUUUUACGACAUGUUCAAGUAUAUUUUAAAUGAAUAAUUUGUCAAUGUACCAACUCAAUGCAGAAAAAGCACUAAGAUUGAAAAUACGAUGAGCGAUGUACUGUAACUAGAUAGGUCCCUUUAUUCUAGUAUGUCUGUUACUAGGAAUAAACCCUUCACUGUAAAAAAGACUAAAAUAAUAAAAA